UAUAUACUGCAUAUCUUGAAACAAGUUAGCAUUUCAAAUGCUAAGUAAUUAUAUUAAGAAAGUUUUUGUAUUAGACUUUCAAAGGGCUUCUAUAUCAUUUAGGAGUUUCUAUUAUAAAAGCAAAAAGUAUUCCUUUGUAUCUAUGAAGGCACCAUCAAUUAUUAGGUAUUUGUAGUUCAUUAUCCAAAUGACAUUCAAGGUCGAGGUUGUGUACACCCCUUGUACACCCAUAAAAACUUUAAUGGUAGCAAUUGUAACUUGUCCUACAAGAGCUUAGACACGAACUUAAGCAGGCUACUCACAUCCCUGUCGAAGUCCAAUCCAGGAAUAUGACCUUUUUAUAUCCUUUAUUGUUGUGUAUAUGCAAGCAGGAGCAUAUUUCCUAGAUAGUUCCUGCGACAGAGUGGCAGGAGUGCAAGGCUUUCCUUUAGCUCCCUAGACUGUCCCUUCCGCCCUGUGUGUGUACUGCGAUUUGGACAAUUUUUCAAUCUUUUCUUUUAGGUUUUGGAUAAUACUGGACCCAUUCUGAACGCACAUGUGUUCCGUGGGACAUUUAUUCUCAGGCAGGCAUAAUUCUAAAUUGCACCUUCCAGCGUGCGACUAACACGCUCCGUGCAGUUUUAACUGCGCAGUUCAACUUUUAGCAGCUUUUGAAACUGGGCGGGAUACCAUUUUGCCGUUCAGACGAACGCACUUAACAAAGCUCUCAGGUAAGACGGAGCGUGUAGCCGGACCUUUAGAUUGCCCCUCCGGAAGGCGUGUGAGUAGCCUGCUUUAAUAUUUUGAACUGAACCUGGCACCGAUAUCGCUGGCAAUCGAUCUUCUUCGAAAUACGUCCACAGCUCAGUCUUCACGAUGAAGCCGAACAGUUAGCGUAACUGACAAAAACGUUUUUGUUUAUUUAAAAAAUUAAAACACUUUUUUUUUUCGUCUGAAAAGCAAAACUUUUUUUCAACAUGUCUUCGGCUAAAAUUACAAGUAAAAAAUGGAUAAGCGAAGAAACUGUGGAUGAAGAGGAACUUUUUAGGCAUUGCAGGGAAAUGGAUAUUGUUUGUUAUGCAGUAACUAAAGUUUUAUUAGAGGCAAAUAACAAAUGGAAGGAUUGUGUUGGCAAAAAUUAUAGCCAUUCUUUAUCAAAUAGAAGCUAUAUUAUGGAACUGGUCAGCAUACAGGUUUUAGAUCAAAUUAUAGAGUAUUUAUCAAAAGUAGUUAAGUCAUUUUACAAAUUAAAUCCCAAAUUAGCUAGACUGAAAAAGGAAAACGAUCUAGUAGUUAGCAAACACGACCACACCUUCGACAUGUUGUGUAGCAGAAGGUUCAUAAUGCUGCAGUCUCUAUACAAUCUGAUAAUAACCAUACUAUCAGCAUGUCUCCAUAGAGAAGAUUCGAGAAAAUUGAUCGAGUCUUGUUUAAGCUUAGUGGGAAUUUAUAACAACUUGAUUGGGUUGAGCAACAAGACGUUCAGAGCAAAAUUCAAUAUCUGCAGUAACACCUAUCCGAACAUUAUUAGUGAAUCGAAAUCCCUUACGCUUACUAAACUAGUACAGGUACUUGCCAAGAGUCGCACGGAGAUAAACUGUCAACGUCUGAUCAAUUGCUUAGUGAUGAUGUAUAAGCCCGAACACCGCGAUGACGUCGACUCCAGCUCCAGUUCCGUUGAUAGUCUGGAAAUAUACCACACUUUGACCAAACACAUAACCCCCCCGACAUCAUCAACAUCCCGAAAUAUCAACAUGAACAAGCGUCGACAAGCAUUCAUAGAUAACAAGAAAGCCAAAAUGAAGCAAGCUCAAAGUCUAAUUGAGGCCAAAAACGGGCACAAGAAACUCGUUGAAGUACUGAACCCGCAGAUUUCUGAUUCAGAAGUGCCUUAUACUUCUCUAUUGACCAAUGAAUGUGUUCUGGACGUUUUCAACACCGAAGAAAAUGUCAAUACUAUUCUACAGAGUGAAGAAAUGUACAUAGAGAUUCUACUAGAUACUGUGGCAAAUAUAUCUCCUUUAUUAUUGGGACCAAAAGGUGUUAAGAAACUAAAGUCAGGUAGAGUACAAGCUAGCAAGAGAGCUGCGCAAAAAGUGACCGAAUACUAUCAAAAUUUAUUGUGGGGUGAUGUCGGAAGCUGUCUUGAACAUAUCGUGCUAUGGUGGUCUUCUUUUCCAUUAGCUACAAGGUCACCGCACACGAGUCAAAAUCUUCGCGAGUGGUUGUUUUCUACUUUCAACGAUAACAAUACCCCAGACUUAGUGUUAUCAUCGCUGAGAAUAUUGGCCGACGCUUUAGGAUGUCACGUCACAUCAACUUCGUGGGACAAGCAUUUUGGGGCAACAUUAACCACGAACCUGACGCCAAGGUCGUUAAAAGAUUACUCGAACCUGUCAGUCAAUAAUACUGAGGCUACAGAGUCGGGAGCCAAUUUCGCAGUGAUGCUGCAAGAGCUGGUCACACUGAACAACCACUGUGAAGUGACGUGGGACUACAUCUUAGGGGCACCGUUGGAGGAUUUGCCUAUCGUGGAACAAAUACCAAUUUUACAUCGAUUAGAUCAUUCAAUCCAUACAUAUCGUCUGUGGUGCCUGGCGGAGACGCGUCGCCUGGCUAAUCUUUGGGACAUGGAUAAUUUUUUCCGCGUGGCCCACAGCGACAUGCAAGUGUGUCUAGAACAACUCGUCAACUUGCGUUUCGCUGAUCACACCGCUACUCUUGAAUCUGGUAAAGUUGGUGUGCACGAAAACGUUUGCGCUAAAAUGAGGGAAAAGUUGGUAUCUGAAGUGAAAGUCAACAUGCAGAAAUUAAAGGACGCGGCAGACGAGAUAACGACGGUGCUGUCGUCGGUGUGCGCGACCAUCAGCCUGGCGCAGCUCACGAUGAUCUUCCCGAGCAACGCCGAGUGGCGGCGCGUGGCGCAGCCGCCCGACGCCACGCACUCCUUAUAUGUACACGAGUUCCUAGAUAAAAUGUUAUUGCCUGUGAUACGAGCGACUAACGACAUCGCGACACUAAACAUGGUGCUAAGGAUAAUGUGCGAAUCGUGGCUGCAUCAUAUUUACGUGGCGAAAGUUAAAUUUACAAAAGAUGCUGCGGUGCAGUUAUUAGCAGAUUUCAAUGAAGUCCGAAUUUGGUUGAACAACUGUAAACCUCUAGCGGCGUCGUCCAAGAAACACAUAUUGCAGAACGAAGUGUUGAGACGAUGCGAAGGCGUUGGAAGGCUGUUGCUGCAUGCGCCCGGCGAUCUCAUAUCCAUGCAAGAGUCCACGAUGCAGUCCGCUAAGAUUCGGAAAGAUGAAAGCGACACCCCCGAGCAACUGAUGCCGGCGGAGAUGUACGUGCCCAACCAGAAGCAGUGGCUCACGCUGCGCGCCGGCAAGCUGAAGGGCCCCGCCGCCUUCACCCUGUGUUGCUUAAUUCUAUCGCAAUAAAUCUAUAUUUCAUUUGUUA